CGUCCGGCGACGGCCGCCUCUGUUUCCCGAUCUCGCAUCUCCCUCCUCCCCUUCUCCUCCUCCUCCCUCCUCUUCGUCUCCCUCCUCCUCGGCCUCCUCCUCGACAUCGCCUUCGUCGGCGCCCUCAAAUUCCUCGUCCGCCGACCUCGCCCAGUCUACAACCGCGACAUGAGCCUCGUCGUCGCCGUUGAUCACUGGUCUUUUCCCAGCGGCCACUCUUCUAGGGUUUUCUUCGUCGCUUCGUUUCUGUUUUUGGUUGGUGGGGCCGGGGACGGGGUUGUUGCUGCGGUUUUUGUUUGGGCGGCGGCGACGGCGGCGUCGAGGGUUUUGAUGGGGCGGCAUUUUGUUAUGGACGUGGUCGCCGGGGCCGGCUUGGGGGCCGUGGAGGGGGUCAUCACUCACCGCUUCUUGAAAUUUUGACAUCAAAUGCUCAAUUGCCAUAGUACGAGGUGAGCAAGGCAGCCUGCACAACUUGCUAAGUGUAAGAGAAUGCUUACAAAAAGUUCCCAAUUCCAAACUUGUUUGAGACUAUUUCAACUCUUGGCAAAAUUCCAUCUUUUUCGUAGUUACGGACUGCAUGGUUUCACAUAUGCCAGAAGAGUUCUUUUAAAAAAUUACAAUUUUAUUUCUUAAACCCGUUUGAAUGGAAAUAGCUAUAGCAUAUAUGAGUGUUACCCAUAUUCAUAUCCACGUUGAUAGAGAGUAUACACUUGUAGAUAUGGAUUAUGUUUUUCUAAAAGUAUUUCUUUAUUAUAAACAGCCGUGAGAAUGGAUCAAAAUGUCAGAAAAAAAAUCCUCAUUUAUUUACACUAAAAGAUCCUACAAGAUGAAAUGCAUGAACUUUAUUGGCACUAAACAGGGUAUUAUGAGAUUCAAUUUAGUAAUUGUUCUGGAAGAGAGAACUCUUAUGGAAAUAUAUAUACAAUAAUAACAAUUUAAAAUGAGGUAUGUGAUAUAGGGUUUAUGGUAAACAGGAUAUGUGUUGUUACUUAUGUUGUACUUGGUAGUUGGUAGUGUUGGGUACUUGAGUUUAUCUGGCAGUAACUGAAUUCAGAUUCAGAUAUUUAAGUGCAUCUAUCUUUGAUUUGCAUUUGUGUACAAUGUCUGUGUACAAAAAAGACAGACACGAGGCUCUGAAUUUCAUUAGGAAUUAUAAGUGAUUUAACUCUUGCAUUUUGAUAGGGAGAUAUCCUUUGGAACAAUCGUUUCCAAAUUUUAAAUCGUAACAAGUGUAUACCUCUUUUGAGCUUAGAAGAAACUUUUUGAUCUUAGUACAAGCUGAAGGUGUUUCAUAUAAGAUAAAAACGCUUCUCCACCCCAAAAUUAAAAAGCGAAUUCCCCUCACCCCCAAGGCUUGAUCAACAUGCUAAAAACUCCCAAAUGCUUGUUGUGUGUUUCUCUCUUUCCUCUCCUUUUUUUUCUCUCCCCACUCCGUAGCCAUUACCAAUAAGCUCUCACUUCUCUUUUUUUCUCACUCUGCCCUUCCUCCCCUCCGACUUCAUAUUUCUUUAUCCUCUUCCCUAUACCCUUUAUAGUCCACCUCAUUCUACAAUCACCUCCCUCGUCUUUUUUGCCUGGGCCCACCACCCCAUUACCACCCUCAAACUCGUCUAAAAAUUUUCUCUUCUUUUCUCUCUUAAUCUCCUUCUAGCCCACCAUCAUACAUCCACUCAUAUCUUCCCUCCCUUCCCUCUUCAUUCAGUAACAUCAUAUAUCCAUUUCCUACCUCGGCUCCCUUCCCGUCUCCUCCUCCUACAACCACUACUUCGGCUUCUUUGAGACCACCAUCAUACAUUUAUUCACUAUCUCCUCUUCCUUUCCUCCGCUGAUUUCAAAUCUCCGCAUCCCUUCUGCCCUAUCCCGUCGACCCCCUCCUAUUUCGUCACCUCCCUUGUCUCGUCCAUCGUGCCCAUCACCCUUUUGCCCUCAAACUUGUCUCCGUAAUCUUCUUAAUUCCCUCUUAAUCUCUCAAAAUUAGGGUACGGGAAGACUACGGUAUGACUUAACAACAAAUGCAUAAAUUUAACACCUAAUGAGAUAAGUUUAACAAUCAAUAGAUACGCUGAACAACCGAUGAAAAAGCUUAAUAACAAAUGCUUAAGCUUAACAAUCAAUGCAUAGACUUAACAACUGACAAAAAAGCUUAACAAACGUAUUUUCUUAAUGACCAAUGCAUAAGUUUAACAAUCGAUUAACUGAUGAAAAGGCUUAACAACAAACACAUGAGCUUACCAACCAACGCAAAAGCAUAACAACUGACGCAAAAGCAUAACAACCAAUGAAUAAGCUUAACAACCGACGAAAAAGCAUUAACAAUCAAUGCAUAAGCUUAACGACUAACAAAAAAAUUUAACAACUAAUACAUAAAUUUAACAAGUAAUAAAAAAGCUUAACAAUAAAUACAAAAGCUUUACAAUCAAACUUAACAACAAUUGCAUAAGCUUAACAAUCAAUGAAUAAGCUUAACAACCAAUGAAAAGCUUAACAUCAAACGCAAAAGCUUAACAAACAAUGGUUGUUAAGCUUUUUCUUCAGUCGUUAAGCUUAUGUAUUGGUUGUUAAGCUUAUGUCUUUGUUACUAAGCUUAUUUGCUUGUUGUUAAGCUUUUCUGUCAGUUGUUAAGCUUGUGCAUUGGUUGUGAAGCUUAUGCAUUUGUUAAGCUUAAGCGCUUAUACGUUGGUUGUUAAGUUAAAGCAUUUGCUGUUAAGCUUUUUCAUCAGUUAUUCAGCAUAGCUAUUUGUUGUCAACCCUAUUUUAUUAGUUGUUAAGUUUACGCAUUUGUUGUUAAGUCAUGUCAUACCCAUCCCCAUAACUUAGUUUUGAGAGAUUAAGACGGAAAUUAAGAAAAUUAUGUGAACGAGCUUGAGGGCAGUGAGGGGUGAUGGGCCUAGGCGGAGGAGACAAGGGAGGUGACGAGGUAGGAGAGGGUGGACGGGAGAAAGAGUAAGGGAGGGGAUUUGGAGAUUUGAAGUCGGAGGAGGAGAGAAUAGAGAGGAGAUAGGGGGUGGAUGUAUGAUGGUGGGCUCGGAGAAGUAGAGGUAGGAGUUGCUGGAGGAGGAAGGAAGGAGAGGUAGGGAGUGGAUGUAUGAUGUUGCCUGAGGAGGGAAGAUAAGGGUGGAUGAAUGGUGGUGGGCCCGAAGGAGAUUAAGAGGGAGAAGAAAAGAAAUUGUGGGGAUGAGUUUGAGGAUGGUGAAGUGGGUGGUGGGCUUAUGCGGAGGAAACAAGGGAGGUGAUAAGGUAGGACGGGGUGGACGGUAGAGGGUGCAGGGUAGAGGAUAGAAAGAUAUGAAGUCGGAGGGGAGUAAGGAGGGAGUGAGAAAAAAGAGGAGGUGAGAUCUUGUGCUAAUAGCCAUGGAGUGGGAGAGAGAAGAGAGGAGAGGAUGAGAGCUUGUUGGUAAUGGGUAUGGAGUGGGGAGAGUAAAGAGAAGAGAGGAGGAAGAUGAUAAUGGGAGAGAGAGAGAGAAAGCAGCUCACAUGGGCAUUAAUUAGGGGUAUAUUGGGGAAUAAAAGAGUAUUGCUUAGGUGGCACUAGGCCUGCGGGUUUACAAGCAAAAAAGAGCUAUUUUUUGGGGAUUUUGGCUUGUUGACCAAGAAUUGGGGGUGGGGUAAUUUCCUUUUUGAUUUUGGGGGUUAGAAGCAGUUUUCCCUUCAUAUAAAUCUUACAUUUAUAAAAUUUUGAGAUAGGAUAUAUAGUUGCAAUAAAUAAUCAUUUAUAAUUAUAACCUUAUAAAAGUGAGAAACUUGAAUGCAGCAUAUGAAAAAUCUUAUUCUUUCUAGUAAGUUUAUCCUAAGUUUAUCUUAAUCUUUUGGUACCAAGUGUGCGACAACUGCUGGAUCUAGAGCAUGUUUUUAUCUGACUAAAAUUAGUACGCAGUUUUUAUUGUUUAUUAUUUAAAGUCUAACAAUUUUGAGGGGUUCCUACAUUUCCCUUUUGACCAUAUUAAAUGAAGCAAUUUCUAUGGUUAUGUAAUUUAUUCAAACAUGAUCGUUCUUUUUACUAGGAUUGGCCAUGCAAAUAUGUGAACCAUUAAAAGGAAAAUGAUAGUGAAAUAUCAUUUAUUUAGCUUGAUUAGGACCCCAUAAGAUAAUUUUAGCGCUCAACUACUAUAACGAUCAUUAGAUUAUUGUCUAGAAGUACAUCCUUUGCCUGUUAUAUAUUAAUAAUACCAUGAAGAUGCUAUACUAUGGAUCCAAAUUUAAAUUUUAGAUUUCUAAAUUGCAAGUCUGUAUUCGUUGGAUACUUGGAUAUGAUCUACUUCAAAUCCAAUCUCGGAUGAUUUCCAAUGUGUUUUAACAUGCAUAGUGUGUUGGAAAAACUUACAUUUCAGAAGUUUUAUAAAGUUGAAUAUUUUUUCCUUAUUACAUGAUUAAAAACAUAUCAAAAUCAUUGAAUGAUUUGUUUGCAAAAGUCCAUGUGUAUUACAUCACAUCUAAUUCAGUGGUGCGGAAAUUCAAUUUGAAAAUCCAAAUUGUAAAUUUUGGAUCUAUUCUUUCCACAUUUUGGAUACUAGAAUUUAGUAGCCUAUCUAAACUCCCUCAUGGAUUUCAUGUUAAAUUUUCCCAAUUGAUGAAAUGUCGCAUAUUUUCAUGAUUUUGAUAGACAUUCAGAGAGACCUUAUACUUAGUAGAUUAAAUAAAUGAACCAAGUCAUUCUUAGCCCAGGAGUUUUUCUUUAGCCACCUGGUCAAAUUUACAGUGAUGUCCCUAUAACAAAUCCUGGAGUUGAGCAGGUAUGGAGGCAAGUAUUAAUUCAAUCUCAGGACAACUUUUACAAUUAAACAUUUUAAAGUUUUCGAUAGCAAAUGAAAUUGUAGAAAGACGUUGCCACGAUUGUUAAAUCACUGAAUGAGGCUUGAAGAAAAAGAGAAGGAUACAAUUGCUUGCUUUAAUACUAGGAGAAAAUUUUAAAAGAGGCGGAUUUUAAAAAAUAUUUAGCAAAAUCGACCAUUUUGCUAAAUAUUUAGCAAAAUCGACCUCUUUUGGGCCAGCUCAUCAAGGUUGACCAAAAAGAUGUCGAUGUUGCAAAAUGUGGGCUUCAAAACACACGGGACUACUAGUCCCAAGUGUUUAGCUCUAGUUAAUCAGAGCAAAGCAAAACCCUCUCCACUUCUUCAAUUCUCUCACCAAACCAAAUCAAAGUCCCCCUGCCACCUCUCUAUCCUCCAAUUCUUCUUCCUCUUUGAUGUUGUUGUCGUCUUCUUCUAGGGUUUAGAGUUGGUUCUUCAUCUCUAUGUCGUCAUCAUCGACGAUCCCGAACGCUGCCAACAUCAAGAUCUGUCUCAACUCUGACUAUAAGGACCCCACAUCAAGGUCCUAGUUCUUGGAGCUGAAGGACUAAGAGCAAAGGGGCUCAAGGCCGAAGGCUAGGCUGAAGAGGACGGAGUAGUCGGUGAUGUUUGUGAAGCCGAUGGAGAGGAUGCAGUCGGCGAGGGUGAGGGGACCGAGGAGGUAGAGAACGAAGGUGAGGGUGCGAAGGUAAACGACCAGGUUCAUGGUGGUGACGGGGAGGGCGAGCAAGAGGAGGGAUCGGAGCUCGUCCAGGGUCUGGAGGCUUGGGUUUUGAGGUUGUCUUCCUGAGUUUUUGAGGUCGUCACAAUCUCCCUCAUUUGGAUCAACCUCGGCCCCCUCAUGCUCUUCCUCGGCCAAGACCCCUUCGUCGCCACCUCUUACUGCCUCUUCUCCCUCCUCGACCUCCUCACCAACUCCCUUCUCUAGCGCCUCCGCAUCACACGAGGGUCUGGAGCUUGUGUUUUUUGCUAUUGAAAACUCACGGGACUACUAUUCUCGUGAGAAUUAUGUGGUGUAUUAAGUGGCUGAUUAGCCAGCCUUAAACACACGGGACGAGUAGUCUGUUAGUCCCGUGUAUUUUGAAACCCACAUUUUGCAAAAUCGACCUCUUUUUGACCAGCCUUUGUGAGACGGCAAAAAAGAGAUCGAUUUUGCUAAAUAUUUAGCAUAAUAGUCGUUUUUGCUAAAUAUUUUUUAAAAUUGAUCUCUUUUAAAAAAACUCUCCUUAAUACUAUUAGUAUUAAGCUCGCCCUGUUGUGGGUAUUAUGAGUACUGAUUUUAAGGUUAAAAAAAUAUUACUUCAGCCUAAAGAGUAGAGAAAAUGACCCAAAAAAUUUACUGUAGCAUACAGAGUAGGCGUAAGAUCCAAAAAUUAUACUAUAGCAUGAACAGUGUUCACGGGGAAAUCGUUUACACGCUAAUAGUGUGCCGAGAAGAAGAAAAUGUUAUCUAGUAUGAACAGUGAUUUUAAUAUUCUGAAUCGUACUGUACCAAGAAUACUGUACCAAGAAUAGUGUUUGAUGUAGAAUGGAAGCUAAUUUUGAGGUUGUGCUUUUUAAGUUAGAGGUGGUAGAUAAUAGAUAGUAAUGCAUAACUGAUUGAGACGUGCUCAUCUUUGAUGGAACUCUCUAUCUCGUACACUAUUUCUGGGAGUUUGAUAGCACACACGUUGGGUGUACCUUCAACUAUUUCUCUGAAUGCGAUUGAAGAGGACGUAAGAUGCACUAUUAGGUUGCAGGAAUACAAGGGUCCAGAGUCCCUAGGGAUUUAGGUAGAGGACGGUUAAGGUUGGCCAUUGAGAUCUGAAGAUCUGAACAUAGUUUAAA